AGUUGUUAUAAUUCGAACAAAAGUAGAUCACAAGAAACUCAAAACUCAAAAACAAAGGCAGCAAUGAAGUUAACCUACAUCUUUCUGGUGGUUGUAUUCGUCCUAGCCGUUCUACUGGGACAAGGUGAAGCCAAAUGGAAGGGAUGGAAGAAAAUCGAAAAAGGCGGGAAAAGAAUAUUUAAAGCCGCCGAGAAGGGUCUACCAGUAAUUGCAGGAUACAAAGGACUCGCGAAGGGACGCAGAUGAACCACGUGAACUUACCACAACAUUAUAUUACAUGCAUGUAAUUAAUCAGUAUACUUAUAAGUAUUAUAUUUUAAACUAGUUCCAAAAAUAAAAUUUAAUUGCAACUA